AUGGGUAGGAGUUGGAUGGCAAAAGAUAGGUUAUCAAAAGAAUAUGAAGAUGGAGUUGAGAGUUUUAUUGAAAUAGCCUUGAAAAAUACAGUGGAUCCUAAUAGAGUUCAUUGUCCAUGUCAAAAGUGUUCUAACUUGAAAAAAUUGGAUAUAAAGGAAAUAAAAAACCAUUUGUAUUUCAAUGGAAUAGACAAAACUUAUGUUAAGUGGAUAUGGCAUGGAGAACAAGUUGAGUCUACUUCCAAAGUACACAAUGAAAAUAAAAAAUUUGCUCAAGUGUUUGAUGACCCUAUAGAGAUGGUGAGAGAUGCAGAUGAUCGAUUUGUGGAUAGGCCAGAAGAAUUUGUAAAGUUCUUAGGGGAUGCAGAGAAACCAAUUUUUCCAAGGUCGCCUAUGUCAAAGUUGGUUGUUUUGGUAAAAUUAUACAAUUUAAAAGCUGGUAGUGGUUGGAGUGACAUAAGUUUCACAAGGUUGCUUGAUUUGAUGAAGGAGAUUUUACCAAAAGACAAUGAGAUGCCUUCUUCCUUUUAUGAGGAGAAAAAAACUUUCUGCACUUUAGGAAUGGAUUAUAAAAAGAUACAUGCCUGUCCAAAUGAUUGUGUUUUAUACCGCAACAAUUUAGAAAAUGCAACCGAGUGCCCUACGUGCAAGACAUCGAGAUGGAAGAGAGGUAAAGAAGGAAAAGAAGGUAAGAAAGGGAUUCCAGCUAAAGUAUUAUGGUAUUUGCCACCGAUACCAAGAUUUAUACGUUUGUUUCGGAAUCCAGAACAUGCUAAAAAUUUAAUAUGGCAUGAGGAUGGAAGGAUCAAAGAUGAUAAACUACGACAUCCAACAGAUUCAUUAGCUUGGAAAACUAUCGAUGAGAAAUGGCCUGUAAUAAAAAAGGAUCCUAGGAAUCUUCUACUUGGUCUUUCAGCUGAUGGCAUCAAUCCAUUUAGCAAUAUGAGCUCGUCUUACAGUUGUUGGCCAGUGAUAUUAUGUAUUUACAACCUCCCUCCUCACCUUUGCAUGAAAAGAAGAUUCACAAUGCUGACUUUGUUAAUUUCAGGAAGUAAACAACCUGGAAAUGAUAUAGACGUCUAUUUUGCACCGUUGAUAGAUGAUUUAAAGUUGUUGUGGGAUGGAGUGGAUUGUUAUAAUUCUUUUAAUAAAGAAAGUUUUAUACUGAGAGGGUUACUUUUAUGGACAAUUAAUGAUUUUCCAGCUUAUGGAAACUUGUCAGGGUGUUAUGUUAAGGGUUAUAAAGGAUGUCCAAUAUGCGGGGAACAAAUAAGUGCAACAAGAUUGAAGUUUUGUAAAAAGACUUGUUACAUAAGGCAUAGAAGGUUUCUACCUGCAGAGCAUUAUCUUCGUAAUCAAAUGAAAGCCUUUAAUGGUAAGCAAGAACUACGAGGACCUCCACCAAUAAUGACUGGUGAAGAGAUUUAUGAAGAGAUUCAUUUGAUAAAUAAUAGAUUCGGAAAACCAGUCACAAAUACCGAAGAAUGUGAAGACAUUGAAAGUAGGGUCAAAUCAAAGGGUAAAAGUAAGAUGAUUAGACACAAUCUCGAUGUCAUGCAUAUUGAGAAAAACAUAUGUGAUAGUUUGAUAGGAACUUUACUCAAUAUUACUGGAAAAACUAAAGAUAGUAUAUCUGCUCGUCGUGAUCUCGUUCUUAUGUCUGAAUCGAAAAAAGAGCUGGCUCCUAAAGUAGAAGAGAAUCGAACAUAUUUACCUCCAGCUUGUUACACAUUAAAAAAAGAUGAGAAACACAAAUUUUGUGAAACAUUGGCAAAGAUUAAGCUAUUCGAGGCUUAUUAG